AUAGAAGAUCGUGGCGGAGUCUGUGAAAGUCCGAAGCGAGAAAGAAUAACACACGACAGGGCGCCCUUCUGCGUCUCCAUUUUUCAGUAUAGCCUUUUAGGGGUCUCUGCGAUACUGCUCAUUCACAAUCCAAUUCGAAGAGACCCUUUUCGCCUUUCGUAUCAGCGACUUCAAUUUCGGAGUUAAUUUCAUAUUAGGAAAAUGGAUGGAUCGGUUGGCCGUGGGGGCAGCAGUGCGGAUGCUUAUUUACCCAAUUACAAGCUUGGAAAAACUCUUGGUAUUGGUUCUUUUGGAAAGGUCAAGAUUGCAGAGCAUGCAUUAACUGGCCAUAAAGUUGCCAUCAAGAUCCUCAACCGGCGCAAGAUAAAGAACAUGGAAAUGGAAGAGAAAGUGAGAAGAGAGAUCAAAAUACUGAGACUGUUUAUGCAUCCUCACAUUAUACGACUCUAUGAGGUCAUUGAAACACCAUCAGACAUUUAUGUUGUGAUGGAGUAUGUGAAGUCCGGAGAGCUCUUUGAUUAUAUAGUAGAGAAGGGUAGGCUGCAGGAAGAUGAAGCUCGUAACUUUUUUCAGCAGAUAAUCUCUGGCGUAGAGUAUUGUCACAGAAACAUGGUUGUUCAUAGAGAUCUAAAGCCCGAGAAUUUGCUCUUGGAUUCCAAAUGCAAUGUGAAGAUUGCUGAUUUUGGACUGAGCAACAUAAUGCGUGAUGGCCAUUUUCUCAAGACAAGUUGUGGCAGCCCAAACUAUGCUGCUCCAGAGGUCAUUUCUGGCAAACUGUACGCUGGGCCUGAAGUGGAUGUGUGGAGUUGUGGAGUCAUACUAUAUGCUCUUCUUUGUGGCACCCUUCCAUUUGAUGAUGAAAACAUUCCCAACUUGUUUAAGAAAAUAAAGGGUGGGAUAUACACUCUUCCUAGUCAUUUGUCACCUGGUGCAAGAGACUUGAUACCAAGGAUGCUUGUAGUUGAUCCAAUGAAAAGAAUGACCAUCCCUGAGAUUCGUCAGCAUGCAUGGUUCCAGGCUCAUCUUCCUCGUUAUUUAGCUGUUCCUCCACCAGACACAAUGCAACAAGCAAAAAAGAUUGAUGAGGAAAUUCUUCAGGAGGUGGUUAAGAUGGGAUUUGACAGGAACGUUCUAGUUGAAUCUCUUCGUGGCAGAGUACAAAAUGAGGGAACAGUUGCAUACUAUUUGUUAUUGGACAACCGUUUCCGUGUAUCCAGUGGCUAUCUUGGAGCUGAGUUUCAGGAGACUGUGGAAUGUGGUUUCAACCGUAUGCAUCAAAGCGAGGCUGCUGCUUCACCUGUUGGGCACCGCCUUCCAGGAUAUAUGGAAUAUCAAGGAAUGGGUUUCAGACCACAGUUCCCUGUUGAAAGGAAAUGGGCUCUUGGGCUUCAGUCUCGAGCGCAUCCUCGUGAAAUAAUGACAGAAGUCCUUAAAGCUUUACAAGAAUUGCGGGUUUGUUGGAAGAAGAUAGGGCACUACAACAUGAAGUGUAGGUGGGUUCCCGGAACUCCUGGUCAUCAUGAAGGCAUGGUCGACAAUUCAUUGCACAGUAACCAUUAUUUUGGCGAUGAAUCCAGCAUCAUUGAAAAUGAUGGUGUCAUGAAGACGCCAAAUGUGGUCAAGUUUGAAGUGCAGAUCAUCUUGUCUCGAGUAUCUUUCCAGAACAUAAUGCUAAUACAUACAUUCUACUGCUGUUUCGGGGUCUUAAACAGCUCUUCAAAACUCGGGAGGAGAAGUAUCUGCUUGAUCUUCAGAGGGUUCAGGGCCCCCAGUUUCUCUUCUUGGAUCUUUGUGCUGCUUUCCUUGCACAACUUCGUGUCCUUUAAAGCUAGAGCGCCAAGUCUCCCCAACAAAGUCCUUUGUGAAUCUGUCGUGAUGCUUGUGAAAAAAAAAAUGAAAAAAAUAACUUGUACCGUGUAUAUAUUAAUCUGUCUUUGGGCCACUUUUUACUAUUUUUCAUCUUAUCCCCAGUUUUAUAUGGGUUUGUAGCUCUUCUUGUAUUGAGCCAGUAUUCUACACUGGCAUUGGCCACGGUCAUUUCUAGUUUUGGUUUUGAAGUGGUCUGUUCUGUCCUGGAUUUUGCUCGUUAAAGCAACACGCAAAUCUGUGUGAAAGAACUAACCUCUCAUUGGAGUAUGCUCUAUCUAAUGCAAAUUUUCCUUUUCA